AUGGAGUUUGCCAUCUUUAUAGUUGUGCUAAGUUUAAGCAUUUGUUCCUGCUCUUUGGCAGCGGUGCACGAUGAGUUGCCCCAAUGCGGUCUGCAUGGGGUCUACAGACAGCGACAGAGUGUGAUCGAAUCGCCCAAUUACCCGGACAAUUAUCCCAUCAACACCUGUUGGGAUUAUGUGAUACGAUCCCCGUAUCAUUGUCCCACCAAGUUUCAUAUACAAUUCCUGGACUUUCAAUUGGAACUGUCAGAGAAUUGUAGUCGCGAUUAUUUGGCCAUUGGCUUGCAAAACGAUGGCGAUGACAUGGAUGUGCUUUGUGGCCAAGUAUUGGGCAUCAAGAAAUAUCAUACACCGGAUGGCAUUUUGCGUUUACGUUUCCUAAGCGAUGAUUCGCCAUGGACCACAAAUGGAGGAUUCAAAUUGCUAAUAACAAGAUUGGCCUGUGAGCGAGAUGAUUUGUCCGCAAGAGGAUUAGAAAUCGGUGAUGAUGUGGAGGAAGGGGAUGAAGAUACUGUGAUAGUGAAUUCAAAAGUUCCACCCAAAAAACUAUUGAAACCGCUUAAUCACCAUCAUCAUCAUCAGGAGCAGCAACAGCAACACAAUCCAUUGGAGCAGCAUUACCCGUGGAAUAUUACACAACAAGGAGUCUUUCCAGGCUUACCAUUUUAUCACCCACCAGGCAUUAGUCCUGCCGUGCCUAGUUAUCCCAGUUAUCCCAAUUUGCCGUUUCCUUCAAAUGGAUUUUUCUAUCCACCUUCUCCUCCAUCUGUACCUCCACUUCCUCAAACGCCGCCAUGCUCCAAUCCUUCCUCACCUGCAGUUCCACUUCCGGUUCAGCAGCAGCAGCAACAGCAACAGUUGCCUCUGAUUUCCGAUCAGUAUCAGACAACUGCCUUCCAUCCACAGCCUGUAACUCUUAGGGAUUACGAUCCUCAGAGUCUUCAACAAUUUGGCGGUCAAGUAGAUCUUUGCUGUUCCAGCAGCUUUAAUCAAAAUCAUUUUUAUUUAUCUAGUCCUGGCUUCCCGAGAACCAUACUGAAUGCCUUGGUGCAGGGACAACAAAGGGAUUGUGUCUUUUAUCUGGAGAAAAGUACGUCCAGUGUGUGUGGCCUAAGGAUACAGUUCAAGUUCUUUGACUUUGGCCAAGGAGAUGGAAAUGCAUUGGGUGGACUUGGUGGCGGUGGUUUCAAUCAACGUUGCACCGGCGACUUCCUUGAGAUAGAUGGACAACGUUAUUGCGGCUGUCGGUCGGGCCAUGUACAUAAAUCACAUUGGGCUCAAGGACGCAAGGCGAUUCGUAUGCGUCAAUCCGGAGUAUCCAAUGGUUUUCUCUUGGAGAUCUUUCAAGAUCAGGAUCAAGAUGGCUGCCGUCAAGCAGCACUAGGCUCAACAGGAUUUGGACAGCAACAGCAACUUUUGCCUUCUGGUGGCGUCGGUGUACCUCCGCUUCCUCCGUGGUAUCAAUCCCAACUCGGCAUUGGUUUACCCUCGCCCACCAUAUGGCCUUCAGCUGCACCUCAACUCCAGCCAGGUUAUCCAAAUACUGGCUACUAUCCCUUAAUAUCGCCAUAUCGUCAGGCCAGGGAUUCUUCUACCAGUUGGGCCAGGGGCUUUGAAGCCCAGCAGCCUUCCCGUGUCAUCGAAACCAAUUCCACUCGAAAGGAGUUCUAUUAUUUCGAUGGCGACGAGGCAUUUGCUCGCUCGGGUCUGGCCGAUGACGAAGAGAUCGAGAAUGAGAAUGGUGUUAGGAAAAAUCCACCCAUCCAGCCAGUGACAACGAAAGCCUUCGAGCAGAGCAGAUGUACAUUUGACUAUAUGGAAGUUCUCAAGCUAUCCGUCGAUACCCUCUGGUUGACCAAACCCCUGUGCUUCUCUCCCCUGCGCAGUUGGUUUGGCAACGUUUUCGGUUGA